GAUAUUCAACGUUCUGAUUUCUGACAAACUGGAGAGAAAAUGUGAAAAUCACUUCCUGGCUCGUGCUGUGCCACCACAACACUUUGAUGAGAUGGCCGGGUGGACUGUUUCAUAACUGAUGUCAUGAAUGAUUGAUUUCUUUUUUUAAAGUGCUCUCGAGGGCGCUCAAAAACUGUUAAGUGUUUCCAAAAUGUGUGAGCGUGGAGAGCCCUUCUGCGGGGGGGAGCUGAGGAACAACAACCAGCGGGGGGGCGUGGUGGCCGAUGGUGAUGCCAACGCUAAUGACAUCAGGGCAGAGGAUGGCGGGAGGAUGGGCGACGAUACCGGCACUGUGUCGGGGCUGGUGAGUGGAAAAGCACAGCAAGACAAAGUCGUCAUCUGGGGCACCGACUCCCAGUGUGAAGACCCCGACCUUGCUGAGUUUGAGAUGCUGGAGUGUCAGGAGCUGGAGGCCUACCUGGUUGAGGAGGAGGAGGACUUUGUCGGGCUUGCAGAGCGGAAGACGCUUCCGGAGCAGUCGUCAUCGUGCAGCAAAGCCACGGCAGAAGUAGCAGCGGAUAAUAAGGUCAGGGAAGAGAGGAAGUCCUUUCUGCGUUCCGCCAGCGAGCAGGAAUCCACUGCAUCUCAUGUGUCCGAGAGCAGAGAGGCCUCCAGGACUGAGUUGAGCUCGGAAACUGACGUCUUCAUGUCCUGUCAGUCCACCAUUUCCAGCGUGGCCACUGCUUUGGACCCUGUCGGCAGGUCCCAGACGACAGACUCCUGGCACGUUGCCGCUGGUCCUUACUCGACCACCUCAGAGGACCUGACUUCCCAGGCUUGCAUCACUCUCUCUGAGCGAGGCAAGGCUGACCACCCUACCCUCUCCCCCAGAAAAAGCACAACACACCAGAAAGACGUGGACAUCAAUUUGAAUUCAAUGCCUCACUCGGAGGACAUUGCUUUGAAGGCAAAAGGGAGAAAUGGAACUGUUGCGUGCGGAGACGCUAUUGAUGAGCACAGGAGGAACAAUAACCAGAGAAAUAUAACAGAGGAAGAUUGUGAUCAAGGGAGAAGUAAGCACAAGGCUUUGCCCACUAUAAAAGACUCACAUGAAGAAAGCAACACAAAAAUGGAUAAAAGCACACAAGCUGACGAGGCCCCUGAUGUGAAUUAUAUCCCAUCCAGAGCAGGUACAAAGGAGAAUCCAUCACCAAUUCAUUCCAAAGCCAUAAAGAAACAAGGAUCGUUUGAUAACACAUUGAAAAAACAAAACUCUUUCGACAGGAGUUUCAAAAAGCAGCCGUCGUUUGAGAACACUUUAAAGAAGCAGGCCUCUUUUGAGAACACCGUCACCACCAGCUCCUCAAGUCUGGAGCGGAGGAAGCCAUGGGGAAGCCCCAGUCGAGCCGCAACUCCCCCGUCCUCGAAAACCACCUCGUGUUCGCCCAAGAGACGACUGCCUGGUUCUCCAGCCAAGGUCCAGGGCAUCAGGGCGCUGAGCUCGGAGCGCAGCGACUCCCCACAGAGAGGUUUAGGUCAAACGGUCAAGCCGACAGGAAAGAUGAGCAGUGGCAUCCCCAAACCUGUCAUCCCUCCUCAGCACAAAGAACCGGAACCAAGGAGGUCUUCUUCUCCCCAGAAACCUAAAAACGUGCGACCAAAAAUCAUCACCUAUGUUCGGGCAAACCUUCAAACAAAACCCCAAGUCAUAGUUCCCCCAAAUGAAGCUUCUACACACCCACUAAGAUCCUCCUUCUCCAGUCCACCGGCUCAUAAAGCUCCGAAGGUUACUCCUCAACCUAAAUCCACACCGGUGCUGUGUUCCUCCAACCUGCUGUUUGACAAGUAUCGCCAGGAGAUGCAGAAGGCGGGGCUUUAUCCUCCAGGCAUGGCUGUGACUGGGACGAAGCCUCCGAGCAGCACCAACCCCCCGAGGUUGAGCGGGAAGUCGAGCAGCUUUCACGAGGAAGUGCCAGAGAAAUGUCUCCAAGAGCAGGUUUCUCACGAGGGCGGCAGUGUGUACCGGUCACCCCGAGCCCUGAGGCCUCAGCUGGGGUUAGGGGCGGUCAACAGGCAGCCUGCAGCCAAGACAAGAGCUCAGCAAACAGGUCAAAGGUCAGCACCCACCCAGGACUCUGCAGGAGAUCACAAGAGCUCAGAACCAACCCCUAAGAGUGUCCUGCUCAAACCAGGACAGUCUGGUCUCCGUCCUCCCGGUUUCUCCGCCCUGCCAGCUGCCCGCCUGGCCUCCUUCGGCUUCGUCCACAGCUCCAGUGUCUCGUCUGCAUCCAGCAACCAGUCCAGUGACAGCGAUCCCUGUCGACCCUCCCAGCAUCACACCAGUGGCAGCGAUGAAACCCUGUCACACAAACAAACCCCCGGUGAAGCUUCACACGGUCCGAGCCGACCUCAUCCUCCCAACGCCCCCAGCCUCCAGCGCCGCACUCUGCCCCCGCAGCGCUCCUCACCAGUGGCCUCUAGGAGAGAGAUCCCGAAGGAUGCUGUAUUGCAACCGAAGUCGUCCCCUAAAAGAUUUGCAGUGGUUUCACCCAAACCUCAGUCACCUGCUCGUGGGCAGACGGCGGCGGUCCAUGGUUCAGUUCGGGCCGACAGGGCCCAGGAGUUGGACCGGGCUCUGAUCCAGCAGCUGCGGGAGCGCUGCGAGCAGCAGGCCCUGCAGCUGCUGAGCCUCCAGGCCCAGUUAAAGAAGGCCUCCCUGUGCCUGGACGUUUUCAGCAUCACUACCCAGCACUUCUGUCAAAAGAGUGAACGUGCCGUUGUGACGGAGAGGGAACUGUCCCAGGAGCUUGCCAGAAUCAGGGAUGAAGUGGCUUUCAGUGUCGCACACUGGGAGCAACUGCAGCGGGAGAAGGAGGAACUGGAGCGUCGCUUUGAGGCUGAGCUGCAGGGAUUGCGGGCUCAGCAGCAGAGGGAGCUGAGAGCGCUGGAGGAGCGGCUGAAGGCGCAGCACAUGGCUGAGGCCGAGAGUCUGCAGGACCUACAGCGGGAUGAGCUUGAGGAGCUACGGGUCAAACAGCACGAGCAGAUUGAGGAGAUGAGUGAGAACCACGAGGCGUCCCUGAUGGAGAUGGAGACGGCUCACUACGACACGCUGACCACUCUGCAGGAGGAGCAUGCCAGGACUGUGAAGAAUCUGAAGAUGGCCCAUGAACAGCAGAGGAAGUCUCUGGAAGAAGAUUUUCAGAAGAUCAGACUGUCGCUGCAGGAUCAGGUGGACACCCUGACGUUUCAGAACCGUAGCCUCAGGGACCGAGCCAAGCGAUUUGAGGAAGCUCUCCGCAAGAGCACAGAUGAGCAGAUAGUGGACGCUCUGGCUCCAUACAAACACAUAGAGGAGGACCUUAAGAGUCUCAAAGAUGUUCUGGAGAUGAAGAAUCAACAAAUUCAUCAGCAGGACCUGAAGAUAACAGAGCUGGAGAAAAUACAGGCUGAAAAGAAUGUAUACCUGGAGGAGAGACUGCAGGUGUUGCAGCAGCAGAACGAAGACCUGAAGGAGCGAAUAGACAAGAACCUGGUUGUGUCCAGACAACUCUCUGAGGAGAACGCCAACCUGCAGGUGAACGUGGAGAAGGAGAGCAAUGAGAAGAAGCGGCUGAGUCGCACCAACGAGGAGUUGCUGUGGCGUCUCCAGACGGGCGAGCUAAGCCCUCGCAUGUCCCCCAGCUCCUCCCCCAUCCACCGACCAUCCCCUGGACCGGGCUCCCCUGCCCGCCCACACUCCUACCAUCAGUGACACUCUUCAAACAUUUGCUGAAUGUUCCUCUCAGUUAGUGGAGGAUAUUAAACAAAGAAGAUGGACAGACGCAAAUACGUUUCUUGGAAACGGCCUCUCACCCUGGUGAUGCAUUUCCACAGACAAACCCCAGGAAUUUGAAUCUUUGGGCUAAAUAAUUGUAUCAAUGCUCAACCUCUUGCUGUCCAAAAGGGAAUUCUCUGCCCUACUCUUUUUCUAUUCGACACAAUUCUCCCACAAGCAGAACGCGCUGCGAUACUGCGGCGGGUGAUCUGAUCAUUGCGGACGUCAGAGAGCAGGAACAGACUCACAGUGCCUCAUUUCCAUGUUUUCACCAACAUCUGCAUCUCCACCUUCUCAUCCAGUGCUCAGGAUGAUGGAUAUACGGCACAAAGCAAACGUCGAAAGUGCAACAG